AUGCGUAUCACUCGAAUUACCGUUGUCUUCCUCUUUUAUUGGAUUUGUUAUGAUCUAAGUUGCAAUGAAGCUGUUAUAUUCAAGUUUUCAAAUCUCGUUUGUAAGUCGUUCAACGAAUCAUGGUUUCUUAUUCACCAAUGUCGAAUCAAGGCCAUUAAGCGCAAUGUGAAUACUCUUAACUUCAACGGAACUGUGCUUUAUCCUGCUUAUGAUAUUUUUGUUCACUUUCAAAUGUUUAAGAAGGCCAAUGGAUACAAGCCGUGGCUUCUCAAUGUCACUGUUGAUGGUUGUCGAUUUAUCAAGAAGCCAAACAGUCCCGCCGUAUUGCUAAUUUUUAAUUUAUUUAAAGAUUUCUCCAACUUUAACCACUCAUGUCCUUAUAUGGGCUCGCAAUUAGUUAAAGGAUUUUAUCUUCGUCAUGAACUAUUAAAACUUCCUUUACCGUCUGGCGAAUACUUACUAGCAAUAACUUGGUUAUUUGAUAGAAAACCACAAUUUAAAACAGAUGUGUAUUUUGUUUUCACAGAA